AUGGUGUCCACUAGUUUACAGUUACCAGACGUGCCAAAAGGUGGUGCUGUCGUGCAGGGUACGAGAUUUCAGGUUUUGCACGAGGUCAGCUCUGAAUUGCCUACAAACCUCACUGUAGGAGAUCGUGUUAUUAUCUACCCAGAUGAUGAUCUCUGUGACUCUGGCUAUGCAGAAUACAUCCCUGUAGAAGACCCUGUAAAUGUCAUCCAGAUUCCUGACAGUGUGUCGAUGGAAGUAGCUGCAAUGCUGCCUGGCGGAGGUCUGACAGCUUACAGUGCAGUGCAGAAGGCAAAGCCCCAUGUAGAAAAACUUCUCAAAGUCAAACCAACAGUUAAUGUUCUGAUUGUGGGUGCUGGUGGUUAGGCUUAUGGGACUGUCAAAGUAGCUCAGGCCCUCAUUGGACACACGGCAACAAAGUCAGAGUCAGCUGUGGCAGAUAACAGUAUUGAUAAGUUAUUAACAGCCCAGGAUCAUGGCUGCUGGGACAUUAUUCACUGGAAUGAGGAAGACCAUGAACAGUACAUCAUUGAGAGAACGCUUGACACAUGCAGGGGCGGAGUCGAUGUGGUGAUUGACUUUGUCAGUUCCCCUCGCACAAUGAAGAGGGCACUCAAAGUUCUCAACAGAGAGGGACUAGUCUUAGUGGGAGGUAACACAAUGUCCGAAGUCAGUAUUAAUCUCAACUCACUGUCAGCCAAACAACAGAGUAUUGUGGGUGUGCCCAAGGGAACAGUAGAACAAUUGAGAGAGCUUGUUGAUGCGGUGGCUGAGGAAAAGGUAACUCCUCCGUGUUAUGCUGUCUUUCCUGUAGAAGAUGCGACACAAGUUUUUGAUGAUUUAAGUCAAUGCCGGAUAACAGGACGGGCCAUUUUCCGGUUUGCCUCUUCCACGACAAAUGGCAUGACCCUGUAACUCUUAUUUAUGCAAACUUUGUAUGCUGAUAACUUGUCGAGUGGGAGCGUGGCACGCCCCCUACCCUGACUUAGCUGUGAUAGGCCAUGUGAUGCCAGGGGGAUGAGAUGCAGAAUUCUCGUCUACGCUGCUCGAGUGAUGCCUGGGGCACCCUUUGUUGUCUGCAAAUGGCUGUAACUCUGCAUCAUCUGCAUUGCCACAGCUUCUGGUCAGAAUGAUCAUUACCGAAGUGUCCACCAGUAUCUUGAACUGGUUGAGUAACCCACGGAGCGGCUUCGGAGAAGAAAAUGGUGCAUUUGUGUGGGACAAUGCGGUGUGUACCCUGAUUCAGCCAGGUGGGGUGUCCAUUGGAAGUGGUGGUGAUAAAACCCAGCCAGGAAGCUGACUUUUGAUCAGACCACACACCCCUGCCACAGAGAAAAAGAGGUGGCGAUUGUAUUUGUACUAAGUCUUUCACGCUCACUACAGUACAACUGUUCCUGCGUGUCAGUUGGAACUUGGUGUAACAUGUCACAGAUUCAUUCCUCAUAUAAAGAACGCUGUAUACAGUGCCAGUGGUUGUGUAUUUUUGAGCGCCAGGUUUAUUAUUAGUGAUUUUGACAUCCAAAGCAUAGUGAGGUGGUUUUACUAUGACCUGUAGUCUUAGUUUUGAUGUUUUUGUAUGACAUAACAGCUGUAAGAUCUCAUAACUUGUCUCCGGUGAUGUUUAUUACAUUUAUAAAUAUAUAAGUGUAUAGUGUAUCCCCUUUUGUUGAAGUGUUUAACUUCUGUGUUGUAUUAUACAAUAUGCAGAAACAGUCUUGCCCAUGAAAUGUUGGAAGUGUACAUUUAUGUCGGAGUUGUCUUAAGUGAGCUGUUUUCUGGACUUGGAUAAAUGUUCCAAUGAAUUCUUGUAUGGGUGAUAAGUGUAUGUUGAUGUUGGCGUUAGCCGACAUGAAGGACACAGUUAUUGAAUCUCCAGAAGCGAAUGUUAUUCUUUAGACCAAGAAAUGGUUGGAAAAAAGACAUUUUGCUUCAUAUGAUGUUGGAUGCAAGUGUGAAUAAUUUAAGAAACGAGAAAAGCUGUUAAUGUAGUGUGCAAGGAUUGCUGCCGUAUGAACACUGCAUGUAAUGUAAUUCAAUGCGCACAUCAUGGUAUGCUUAUUGGAGGAAGGGGGUGUUUGGGGAGAAACAACAUUUGUUUAGUCUUAAAUGUUGAGGGAUUACUGAGAAGAUUUAAAUGUCUUUACUGAAUACUAAAUACUAGUUGUUCAAAAGACACAUCAUGCUUUUCUACCUUUCAUAUGGAAUUAAUGAAGAUUGUCAUAAAUAAAACAUGAAUUUCAUAUUGUA